GCCGAGGCCCCCGCCGCGGGCAGCCCCGCCUGGUGCGCGGGGGCAGCCCGGGGGCCUCGGCGGCGCCAUGGACGACGAGGAGGAGACGUACCGGCUGUGGAAGAUCCGCAAAACCAUCAUGCAGCUGUGCCACGACCGCGGCUACCUGGUGACGCAGGACGAGCUGGACCAGACGCUGGAGGAGUUCAAGGCGCAGUUCGGCGACAAGCCCAGCGAGGGCCGCCCGCGCCGCACCGACCUCACGGUGCUGGUGGCGCACAACGACGACCCCACGGACCAGAUGUUCGUCUUCUUCCCCGAGGAGCCCAAGGUCGGCAUCAAGACGAUCAAGAUGUACUGCCAGCGCAUGCAGGAGGAGAACAUCACCAGGGCGCUGAUUGUGGUGCAGCAGGGCAUGACGCCCUCGGCCAAGCAGUCGCUGGUGGAUAUGGCUCCCAAGUACAUCCUGGAGCAGUUCCUGCAGCAGGAGCUUUUGAUCAACAUCACGGAACACGAGUUGGUCCCAGAGCAUGUCGUCAUGACAAAAGAAGAAGUAACCGAGCUGCUGGCCAGAUAUAAGCUGAGGGAGAACCAGCUCCCGAGGAUACAGGCUGGGGAUCCUGUGGCCCGGUACUUCGGGAUAAAGCGAGGUCAGGUAGUGAAGAUCAUAAGACCCAGUGAGACCGCGGGCCGCUACAUCACCUACAGGCUGGUGCAGUGAUGUGGAGCUCUCAAGGUGUGGAAGCGUCCUGUGACUGCUCUGAUCUUCCCACCCCUGGCAAUUUACAAAUGCUCUGAAGCGUCUGCCUUUUCACAGAUGCAGUUGGUUUUUUUGGCCCAGAUCCUUGUUUUCCAGCAUAGAUUUUGCUCUAACUCCUCGUCCUUCGUUAAGGACUCAUGCCAUGAAAAGUAACUUGAAGCAACUGAAGUAUGCAGGGAGGAAGUGAGUGGAAAGAGGCCUUUGCUUUCCUAUUAUGUUUUAUAGGAUCUUAUUUUUAAUAAAGGUUUGUACUCUUCCUGCUGUUCGCU